CUCUUAUUUGUAGGACUGACACUAUGGGUAAGGUGAAAAGACUCAGGCAAAAAUUCCACAAUGCUGCUGUAAAAUCAAAGGAUACUGCCACUGGCAAAGUAUCAACAGAAGAGAGGGAUCAGAACGAGCCCUUUUCACCAGAAUUUCCUUCAGAGGGACUGUUUAGUGGGAUUCAGAUUCCAGAUGGUGUCUUGAAGCAGCAACUUCCAGAUGACUUUGACACCAGGAGUGCAAUAACAACCAAAUCACUGAAGGGACUUCAGUUGAAGAAAAAGGAUAAAAAGAAGUUGAGACAUGAAAUAUGGCUGCAAAAGGUUGAUGCCAUCCAAAGUGCUAAGAAAAAGAUGAAAGAAAAGAAGAAGAGAGAACGAAAUCCCAUUGUAGGGGACAUGAUGCAACUUGAAGAGACUCUCCCAACCCUAGAACUACUGCUAAAGGGGGAUCAAGCACCUAAGGCUGAAGAAAAUAAAAGGUCAUCUAUAGCAUGCAAGAAAAACAAAGGAAUUCAGAAAGAAAAGACAAGGCGUAGGCAAAUGCAGGAAGACAUGAAUUUGUUCAAGCAGGUUUUACGGCACCCAGCCUACAUGGAGAAACCAGGAGAAACUAUGUUAGAACAUUUACAGAAUAGACUCAAACAAGAGGAAGAUAUGGAUACAUGAUAAUGAGACAUUUCCAAUUUAAAAAGAGAUAAGAGAGAAAUAAAUUGCAGUAUAUAAUUUA